CACUGGGGCUGGCCAAGCUGAAACCGAGCACAGUGCACUCGCUCAAACACACACACACACGCAGGUCGCGGCGAGGCACAGACAAGAAGACGCACUCGGACUUACAAGCACUCGGCGACGAAAAACGUCGGCGCCUGGAGCAGCUUCCCCGCCUGUUGGACUAACCUGUUUUUAUUUUUGAAAUAUAUACAAAUAUAUAAGGGGGGUUGGGACAGACGGUGCACCAUGUCGGGCAACAGGGAGGAGGAGAGGAGGAAACUGGCCGACAUCAUCAACCACUGGAACGCCAACCGGCUCGACCUGUUCGAGAUCAGCCGGCCCACAGAGGACCUCGAGUUCCAUGGUGUGAUGCGCUUCUACUUCCAAGACCGGAUGGCCGGCAACUUUGCCACCAAGUGCAUCCGCGUGUCCAGCACGGCGACCACUCAGGACGUCAUUGAGACACUGGCCGAGAAGUUCCGGCCCGACAUGAGGAUGCUGUCAUCGCCGCGAUACUCCCUGUAUGAGGUCCACGUCAGCGGCGAAGAGCGCCAGCUUGACCUGGAUGAGAAGCCGCUGGUCGUUCAGCUCAACUGGAAUAAAGACGACAGAGAAGGACGAUUUGUCCUCAAGAAUGAGAACGACAUCCUGCCCAAGAAGAGUCAGAGCAAUGGGCCCGAGAAGGAGAAGGACGGCGUGAUCCAGAACUUCAAACGGACAUUGUCUAAGAAAGAGAAGAAGAAGGAGAAGAAGCGGGAGAAGGAGUUCACUCGGAUAACGGACGGCGACGAGCAGAUGGCAAAUCGUGACGAUGGGGAGAACAGUCGUCUGGCUGCAGAGGUGUACAAGGACAUGCCCGAGACCAGCUUCACCAGGACCAUCUCCAACCCGGAGGUGGUGAUGAAGAGGCGGCGGCAGCAGAAGCUGGAGAAGCGCAUGCAGGAAUUCAUGAGCAGUGACGGGCGGCCGGACUCUGGGGGGACGUUACGGAUCUACGCCGACAGCCUGAAGCCCAACAUCCCCUAUAAGACCAUCCUGCUCUCCACUAGGGACACGGCCGACUUUGCGGUUGUAGAAGCGUUGGAGAAGUACGGGCUGGAGAAGGAGAACCCCCGAGAAUACUGCAUUGCCCGGCAAGACGACAAGUCUGGCAAGGAGGUGAUCCUGGACGAUGGCGAGUGUCCUCUGCAGAUUUUUAGGGACUGUCCUGCUGACAGAGGGGCAUUGGUGUUCCAGCUAAAGAAGAGACCGCCCGACUACCAGGUGAGGAAGAUGAGGAAAGCAGAUGACAAAGGCCUGCAAGGGAAGGAUGGCUCCGGGUCCUUGCCGCCGGAAAAACUGCCUUACCUAGUGGAGCUGAGUCCGGGGCGAGGGAAUCACUAUGCCUACUACUCCUAUCGGCAUCAUGAAGAUGGGUCCGACUCGCGGGACAAACCCAAGCUGUACCGCCUCCAACGCAGCAUCACAGAGGUGGGCUCGGACUGCACAGAGGACGGGGCCAUCCAGCUUCUGGGCCCGGGCGUGCUCCCUCACCACUGCAACCUUACGCACAGCGAGGGCCUGGUGACGGUGACGCCGCACGGCCCCGAUGCCGACACCUUCGUGGACGGCCAGCGCAUCAGCGAGACGGCCGUGCUGCGCUCGGGGGCCACGCUCCAGUUCGGAUCGGCUCACGUCUUCAAAUUCGUCGACCCACUCUACGACCAGGGUGCCAAAAGGGAGCCGACUGCCAUGAUGCGGACCAGGCACAAAUCUGGCAGCGUUCCCGAAACCACCUUUGAUCUUCAGGGGGACAUCCACAGCGGGGCCGCCAUGCCCACCAGCAAGAGCUCAGGGAAGCUGGAGAUGGAGCGCGGGAUGGUGAAGCCCAUGAUCCGAAGCGAGCUGCAGGACAGCCGGACUCAGGACGGCUCGGCCGAACGGCCCGAGUUGACUCUGCCAGCCAGCAUCGAGUUCAGAGAAAAUUCCGAAGACACGUUCCUGUCGGCCAUUAUCAACUACACCAACAGCUCGACGGUGCACUUCAAGCUGUCCCCCACGUAUGUUCUGUACAUGACGUGCCGCUACGUGCUGUCGCCCACCUACCGGCCCGACAUUUCGCCCUCGGAGCGGACGCACAAAGUCAUCGCCAUCGUCAAUAAGAUGGUGAGCAUGAUGGAGGGCGUCAUCCAGAAGCAGAAGAACAUUGCGGGUGCGCUGGCCUUUUGGAUGGCCAAUGCCUCGGAGCUGCUUAACUUCAUCAAGCAGGAUCGUGACUUAAGCCGCGUCACGCUGGACGCCCAGGAUGUCCUCGCCCACCUCGUCCAGAUGGCCUUCAAGUACCUGGUCCAUUGCCUGCAGGCCGACCUCAACAACUACAUGGCUGCCUUCCUAGAUGACCCAGAGGAACACAAUCCCCAGAGACCCAAGAUAGAGGACGUCCUGCAUACGUUGACGGGCGCCAUGUCGCUGCUGCGGCGGUGUCGCGUCAACGCGGCGCUGACCAUCCAGCUCUUCUCGCAGCUCUUCCACUUCAUCAACAUGUGGCUCUUCAACAAGCUGGUGACGGACAGCGAGUCGGGCCUGUGCUGCCACUACUGGGGCGCCAUCCUGCGCCAGCAGCUCAGCCACAUUGAGGCUUGGGCCGAGAAGCAGGGCCUGGAACUGGCCGCCGACUGCCACCUGAGUCGCAUUGUGCAGGCCACCACCCUGCUGACCAUGGACAAAUACUCCAUGCAAGACGUCCAGAACAUCCACAGCACUUGCUUCAAGCUCAACUCCCUGCAGCUCCACGCACUCAUGACCAACUACCACUGUGCUCCCGAUGAGCCUUACAUUCCGCCCGAGCUGAUCGACCACGUGGUGGCAGUGGCGGAGAACACGGCGGACGAGCUGGCGCGUAGUGAUGGCCGUGAGGUGCAGCUGGAGGAGGACCCCGACCUGCAACUGCCCUUCCUGCUGCCCGAGGACGGAUACUCGUGCGACGUGGUGCGCAGCAUGCCCAAUGGCCUGCAAGACUUCCUCGACCCGCUGCUGCAGCGAGGCUUCUGCCGGCUGACACCCCACCCUCGUUCGCCCGGAACGUGGACGGUCCACUUCGAAGGGGCCAACUGCGACAGCCACUUCUCUGCUGUUGACAACUCUGACAUGCCAAUGAGGAAGGAGCCGGAGGUGGUGACUGUGACGCUGAAGAAGCACAAUGGCAUGGGGCUCAGCAUCGUGGCCGCCAAGGGUGCGGGCCAGGAGAAACUGGGCAUCUACAUCAAAUCGGUGGUCAAAGGAGGAGCCGCCGACAUGGAUGGGCGUCUGGCAGCCGGCGACCAGCUGCUGAGUGUGGACGGGCGCAGCCUGGUGGGCCUGUCGCAAGAGAGGGCGGCCGAGCUGAUGACCAGGACGGGAUCUGUGGUGACCUUGGAGGUGGCUAAGCAGGGAGCCAUAUACCACGGCCUGGCUACACUCCUCAACCAGCCCAGCCCCAUGAUGCCUCGAGCCUCAGACCGUGGCCGUGAGAAAAACGGUAAAAUGCGUCCGAAGAGUGAAGGCUUCGAGCUGUACAACAGCUCGGUACAGAAUGGCUCCCCAGAGAGUCCGCAGUCCGUCUGGGACUCUUACCCCGAACCAAAGAAGAUGAGCGGGGAGGACCGGCUCCUCAAGAACCGUGCUGACCACCGCUCCAGUCCCAACGUGGCCAAUCAGGGCCAGAAUCCUGCAGGCAAGCCAGUGUAUCCCGCCGGUCCCGGCACCAAGAUCACGUCCGUUUCCACCGGCAACCUGUGCGCUGACGAUGAGCCUUCGCCCCAGUGUCCAGAGGCGUAUCCCAUCCCCACGCAAACCUACGCCAGGGAGUACUUCACCAUUCCAGCAUCCAAGAGCCAAGAUCGCGUGGUGGGUCCCGGGCCAGUAUCCUCGCAGCACUGGCGCGCCAUGGAGGACAGAGAACGGCUUCCCUCGGUGGACAACAUCCAUAACAGCAUCCAGCGCGUCAACCACUCCCAGGAGGACAUGUACUCUGCACCUGGGGUUCUGAGGCCAGAUGAGCGUAUGCAGCAGCACUACCAACAGGAGUACCAACACCGAGACCUGGACUACCAGCACAGAGAUCUGGACUACCAGAGGGGACCUCCAGUUGUUGCCGGACCGGACCACUGGGUUCCGCAGCAGCAGGUUUCGUCCUCGCUGGAGUCGUCCACAUCUAGCCAGGAGCACCUCAACUUCUCUGCGUCCUCCACGUCGUCUGGGAAGAACCAGAAGACGGGGCCAGGCCGCUGGAAGACGCCCAUCGCCCCGCACUCAGUCCAGCCCCCGUCCCGCUCAGACCUGCCGCCCCCCCCUCCCCCGCCGCCGGUCCCCUAUCCGGACGCCUACGACCCAUAUGACCCCCACGCCGAGAUGCCUCUGCCACCGCCGCCCGCCGCCGUCAACUCAGCGACGGCCCAGCAAGCCGCCGACCGCAAGAAGCGUGAAGAGCAACAACGUUGGUAUGAAAAGGAGAAAGCUCGUCUGGAGGAGGAGAGGGAGCGGAAGAGAAGGGAGCAGGAGAGGAAGCUGGGUCAAAUCCGGGCCAACCCCGUCAUGCCCGUCCAGCCUCACAACAACGGCGGCACCUUGCCUCCGCCUCAGCACCAGCAGCAGCCCCCCCCUCCUGCCUCCAUGGGCCCCCCUCAUGCUUACCUGCCCUCGCAGCCCCAGCCACCUCCCUCCAGACCUGAAAAGCUGGCCAGCCUGCCUCGCUCGGCCAUGCCUCCUGGCUCCAACCCUCCAGGUAUGGACACGGUGAUCCGGGACCUCCUGCCCCAGCAGCAGCCCCGCACCAUCGAACGGCGAGACCUGCAGUACAUCACCAUCAGCAAGGAGGAGCUGACCAGCGACAGCCUCUCGCCCGACCCCUGGAAGAGGGACGCCCGUGAGAAAGCAGAGAAGCAGCAACAGCUCCACAUCGUCGACCUUCUGGACAAGGAGAUCCAGGAGCUCCAGGCUAAGCCAGAGCGCACCGCUGAGGAGAGCGACCGGCUACGCAAGCUGAUGCUGGAGUGGCAGUUCCAAAAGCGUCUACAGGAGUCAAAGCAGAGCGACGAGGACGAGGAGGAGGAGGACGAUGAAGAUGUAGACACCAUGAUGAUCAUGCAGAGGCUGGAGGCCGAAAAGAGAGCGAGGCAGACUGCUGUCCCAGCUAUCUCUGUUCUAGACUUGUUGCAGGACGAAGAGCGGCGGCGCAAACAGCAGCUGGAGGAGAUACGCAAGCGUGAGACGGACGAACGGACCAAACAGGAGGAGGAACGGCGGUGGCGGGAGGAGGAGAGAGCCAAGCGGGAGGCGGCGGAGAAGAGGAGACAGGAGGAGGAGUACUACGCCCGUCUGGAGGCGGAGCGGCGCCGGCAGCACGAGGAAGCUGAGCGCAAGCUGCUGUCGCCGGACGAGCCGGCCGGUCUGUAUCGGCCCCCGCUGCCCAGGGACUACCAGCCCCCCUCUGCCCCCCCGCACAACCCUACUAACACCCCCCCGCCACCCCCGCAGAGAAACGCCUCCUACCUCAAAACACAGGUGGCCUCGCCCGACACGCUGUACACCGCCAAGUUUGUCGCCUACGCUGGCGAUGAGGACGACGAUGAGGAGGGCGGCGGCGGCCAAUCAGGUCAGCUCAAGCUGUCGGCCACACGCAAGUCGUACAGCGACCUCCCAGCCCCGGCCCACCGUGGACGGCCCCAGCCGCCGCCCACUGCACGCAAACCCCGGCCGCUCUCGGACGGCUAUUUCCUGUCUAGCUCCUUCCAGCCGCCCAGCGCCAACAACUCCAACAGUACAGGGCCGCCCCCUCUCCCCGCCAAGCCCGGCGUGGGCCCCCCAGGAGGUGGGAAAGGAUUUAACUCGUACACUGGAAACUCGGCAGGAGUUGUAGGAUCCGGAGAGUUCUACAAGGAACCGAGGGACAAAUGGACCAAGAGUCAGGAGCAGGAGAACAUCCCAAGUGGCGGCGGCGUGGGUGGCGCUCCCCCUGAAAGUUUGACGUUCAAGGAGCGCCAGCGUCUUUUCUCUCAGGGCAAGGAGGUGUCCAACAAGGUGAAGGCGUCACGCAAACUCAUGGAGCUGGAAAACGAGCUCAACACCAAACAGUGAAACAACACGUCACCUUGCACCUUUGCUCUUCUUCAUUUUUAAAUAUUUUUUUUUUUAUUUGAGUCAUUGGAGCUGUGGACGCUUGCAGUGAUUUUUUACCACUUGCCUCCCCACCACCACACUUGUAAGAAGCACUGUACAAACGUAAUUCUAUCAGCAUAUUCUAUUUUUUUUGGUUGUAAAAUGGUGCUGGAGGGAGGGGCCAGAUGGAUUAUAGAGGUUUAUGCUCAUUUAAAUUUUUUGUUGUUUUUUUUUUAAAUAGCUUACAGAGAUUUUAAGUGGUUAGCUUUUACGCUGUUCAGACAACAGAUGUUUUAUUUGACUCAUUGCUUUUUUUUUUAAAAUAAACCUGACACUGUUACGUCAUUCCGUAUCGCAGGCACAGACAGCACAAUUUUUGUUUUGUUGUCCUAUGUCCAAUUUUUUGGGGGGAGGGAGGGGGGGAUAUUUUAGGAAAAGCGUUGAUUUCCAAGUGCACAACUUUACUGUAAAUAAUUGUCACUCGGACUACUGUACAAGCCCAAAAACGUCAGUCACUAAUAUGACAAACAGUCUUGAGAUUUUUCCGACCUGAGCUAACUUUUUUUUUUUUUUUUUUUUGCUGUUGUGAGACAUUAAUGGACAAAUGAGACAUUCAUUUAAAAAAAAAAAUGGUUUGCUCUUCUGCACAACAUGUGCGCGCACACGGACAAAGGAAAAUCAUUUUCAGUGGUUUCACAGCCGAUGUUCACACUACACUUGCUCCUCCUGGUUUGGAUUUACAGAUGAACAGAAUCACUAAAAGGUUUUCAUGUUUAGCUUUUUUUUGUAAAUCAUUAUUAAUAAAUAAACAUUUUCCAAUAAGCCCA